UACAAGCCAACAGAUGCUUAGCUCUUAAAGUGGGGCCUCUUGAUAGUCAACUACUUCUACUCUACUAAAACAAACCUUUGCAACUUGCAAGAGAUUUAUCAUUUAAUCAACCCAGUUUAUUUCCUGAUAGACAAAUUGUCAUUAAAGUUUGUAAUUUAUUUUAUAUUUCUUUACAAAUGUGAUUCAGCUCCCUAGUAGAUUAGAAAAAACUUAAAUACCCAUGUGAUUGUAUUUUCCUGCAUCCAAGUUGCAGUCAAAUCAAUUCCAGUUUAUUUGGAGUGCAUUGCUACAGUUGUGAGAUCUCAAUUUCCUCAAAUUUAUCACAAGAUUCAAUUUUGUUCCUUCAUGGAUGCAGAUUUUUCACUGAUGAGAAGUGAUUGAUUGUUGAGCUUUCAAUCUGAACUUUUAUACACAAAAGACCAAUACAAUAUAAAUGAUGGUUGAAGACGAAAACCCAGAAACUAAACUGGAAGACAUGGAGGGAGAUGAGCUGAAAUACGGUUUCAGGGAUUAUAUGGAGGCACCAUUGAAUUGGUUGAAAAUGCUAGCCAAAGAGAUGCAUUGGAGUUUUGUUUUUGGAGUGGUGAUUGUGUAUGGAGUUAGUCAAGGUUUGGGAGGAGCACUUAAUCGUGUGGGGACGGAGUAUUACAUGAAAGAUGUUCAGAAAGUGCAGCCUUCUGAGGCACAAAUUUAUCAAGGAUUCACUUCUAUUCCUUGGAUGGUUAAGCCUAUUUAUGGUCUCAUGACAGAUGUGAUUCCUAUUCUAGGGUAUCAUAGAAGACCUUACUUCAUUUUUGCAGGUGUUCUCGGGAUAGUGCCCAUGCUAUUUUUAUCUUUCCACAAGAAGAUGCAUAUCUUCUUUGCAGUGCUAUCGUUAACAGCAGGGAGUGCAGGGGCAGCAAUAGCAGAUGUGACUGUUGAUGCAUGUGUAGCACAGAACUCUAAUAAGCAUCAACAUCUUGCUCCUGACAUGCAGAGCUUAUGUUCGUUGAGUUCUGCCACUGGAUCUCUCCUCGGGUUCUUUCUCAGUGGUCUCUUGGUUCACUUCAUUGGCCCAAAGGGGGUCUUCGGAUUGCUAACAAUCCCAGCAGCACUUAUAUGUCUGGUCGGAAUCAUUCUUCAUGAACCUCAAACAGUGAACUUCUCUUACAAACAGGUUGGCCAGAAAUUCCGUGAUGCAAUCAGAGCCAUGGGAGACACGCUAAAGUUGCCUGAUGUAUGGCGACCAUGUCUAUAUCUGUACCUCAGCAAUGCUUUGUCUCUCAAUAUCUAUGAUGGAAUGUUUUAUUGGUAUACUGAUUCAAUAGCUGGUCCUCAUUUUUCACAGGAAUUUGUGGGCUAUAUUCUUGCCAUUGGUUCAGCUGGUGCCAUACUAGCAUCUCUAUUGUACCAAUCUAUCUUGAAAGAUCAACAAUUCCGGGAUCUAUGUUUCUGGAGUCAACUUUUCUUGGGUUUGUCAGGGAUGCUUGAUCUACUUCUGGUCUUACGGUUGAACUUGAAACUUGGCAUACCAGAUCAUUUAUUUGCUGUGCUUGAUGAGUGUGCAUACCAAUUUGUUGGGAGGCUCAAAUGGAUGCCCCUACUGGUUCUCAGUGCCAAGCUUUGCCCUCCAGGAAUCGAAGGCACCUUCUUUGCUUUAAUCAUGUCUAUCGGUAACAUUGGCAUGUUCUCUUCAUCAUGGCUCGGAGGUAUCCUCCUCCACAUUUUGAGUAUCACUCGAACCCAAUUCAGCAAUCUAUGGCUUGCUAUUUUGAUCCGUAACAUAGCUAGAAUCUGUCCACUUCUGGUCAUAUUUUUAGUGCCAAGGACAGAUCCCAACUCUUCCAUUCUUCCAUCUAACAUCCCAAUUACAGAUCAAACUGCAGAAACUUUGGAUGAUGAUAGGAUUGAGCUAGUAUCUCUCGUUACCAGCGUCGAUAGAAGAUAACAUUUGCAUUCCCUCUUGCUGAAGAUUUAGAAAAUAGUUGGUCCUAGUAGGAAAAUUGGUCUCAAAGCAGCAGAUGGUAGACACAGGUAAUGAGGUAAUUACCAGUAUUUUGAUUCAUUGGUACCUACAAAAUGUUUUACUCAUUCUUUAUCAUUUUGUUUGGUGUAAAAUAUCUGUUGUAGACUUAGUUUUGGAUAGAAUGAUAUAGUGAUCAUAUACAGAUACAGUUUUUACAUUAAAAGGAUGUUACACUUAUUAA